GGGUGGCGGGGGAGGAGGAGGAGGAGGUUGCGGCGGGUUUGAAAGAGGCAGUUUCCUGGCAGCUCGGGCAGGCGUUGGUCCGGGCUCUCCCGCUCCGCAGCGGCCGCGAUCGAUCCAGCGCGGGGUCUGCGCGCGCUUCUGCGCGCCCGCGCCCGAGCUUUAGCGUCCGGGCGGGCGCCUCGCCUCCCCGCCCCCUGCCUCAGCCUUUCCCGCCGCUCCGGCGCCGAACCCCGGACCCGCCGUCGGCCGGGACCGCGCCCGAACACCGGGGGACUGCUCCGGCCCCCGGCAGGCAGCCGGGCCCGGGCGCGGGGCGCGGGCGGGGAGGACCGUCCGCCGGCGGCAAGCGGGGGGCGGCCCGCUCGGCGCGGGCUCUCCCCAUGGUGCGGCGGGCUUCGGGAUGUCGAAGACGCUGAAGAAGAAGAAGCACUGGCUCAGCAAGGUGCAGGAGUGCACGGUGUCCGGCGCCGGCGCCGGGGACUGGGGCGCCGAGAUCCGGGGUGGCGCGGAGCGCGGCGAGUUCCCCUACGUGGGGCGGCUCCGCGAGGAGCCCGGCGGGGGCACCUGCUGCGUGGUCUCGGGCCGAGCGCCGGGGCCCGGGGACGUGCUGCUGGAGGUGAACGGGACGCCCGUCAGCGGGCUCACGCACCGGGACACGCUGGCUGUCAUCCGCCACUUCCGCGAGCCCGUCCGCCUCAAGACGGUGAAGCCAGGAAAAGUCAUCAAUAAAGACUUAAGACAUUACCUGAGUCUUCAGUUUCAGAAAGGCUCAAUUGACCACAAGCUGCAGCAAGUGAUCAGAGACAAUCUUUAUUUGAGAACCAUUCCAUGCACUACCAGGGCUCCCAGGGAUGGUGAAGUCCCAGGAAUCGACUAUAACUUUAUUUCUGUUGAACAGUUUAAAGCACUGGAGGAGAGUGGAGCACUAUUAGAAAGUGGAACAUAUGAUGGAAACUUCUAUGGGACUCCUAAACCUCCAGCAGAGCCCAGCCCUUUCCAGCCUGACCCAGUUGACCAGGUCCUUUUUGAUAAUGAGUUUGACACUGAAUCCCAAAGAAAACGAACUACAUCUGUCAGCAAAAUGGAAAGAAUGGACAGUUCUCUUCCUGAAGAGGAAGAAGAUGAGGAAAAGGAAGCUGUUAAUGGCAGUGGAAAUGCGGCAGAAACUAGAGAGAGGCUUUCUGAGCCAUCUGACUGGAUGAAGACGAUCCCAAGUUACAACCAAACCAGCAGCUCCAUGGACUUUAGAAAUUAUAUGAUGAGAGAUGAGAAUCUGGAACCACUGCCCCCAAAUUGGGAAAUGGCCUAUACCGAUACGGGGAUGAUCUACUUCAUUGACCAUAAUACCAAGACAACCACCUGGCUGGAUCCUCGCCUUUGUAAGAAAGCCAAAGCCCCCGAAGACUGUGAAGAUGGAGAACUUCCUUAUGGCUGGGAGAAAAUAGAAGACCCUCAGUAUGGAACGUACUAUGUUGAUCACCUUAACCAAAAAACCCAAUUUGAAAACCCUGUGGAGGAAGCCAAAAGGAAAAAGCAAUUAGGACAGGCUGAUACUGGGUCUUCAAAACCAGAUACAGAAAAGUCACACUUCACUCGAGAUCCCUCUCAGCUGAAAGGUGUGCUUGUUCGAGCAUCUUUAAAAAAAAGCACAAUGGGAUUCGGCUUCACCAUCAUCGGUGGGGAUCGGCCCGAUGAGUUUCUGCAGGUGAAGAAUGUGCUGAAGGAUGGGCCUGCGGCUCAGGACGGGAAGAUGGCUCCAGGUGAUGUUAUCGUAGAUAUCAAUGGCAGCUGUGUUCUGGGUCACACCCAUGCAGAUGUUGUGCAGAUGUUUCAGUUGGUACCUGUCAAUCAGUAUGUAAACCUCACUCUGUGCCGUGGAUAUCCACUUCCUGAUGACAGUGAAGACACAGUGGCAGAAGUUAUCACUGCCACUCCAGCCAUCAAUGGGCAGCCAUUAACCAAGGGAGAGACUUGCAUGAAUCCUCAGGAGUGUAAAUCAGGGACAGUGGCUCUGGACCAGAAUGGAAAAUCAGGACACAUCUUGCUCAGUGAUCGUCUCAAUGGACCCUCAGAUCCCAGUGAGCAGAGAGCCUCCAUGGCCUCCUCAGGAGGCUCCCAGCCUGAGCUCGUGACUAUCCCUCUGGUGAAGGGCCCAAAAGGCUUUGGGUUUGCAAUUGCUGACAGCCCCACAGGACAGAAGGUGAAAAUGAUCUUGGAUAGUCAGUGGUGCCAAGGCCUACAGAAGGGGGAUAUCAUUAAAGAAAUUUACCACCAAAAUGUGCAGAAUCUGACGCACCUCCAGGUGGUAGAGGUGCUGAAGCAGUUCCCAGUAGGAGCAGACGUGCCGUUGCUGAUCCUGAGAGGAGGUCCUCCUUCACCAACAAAAACUACCAAAAUGAAAACGGAUAAGAAAGAAAAUUCUGAAUGUUUGGAGGCCACAAAUGAGCCUCUUCCCCAGCCUAUGCCUUUCCCACCCAGCAUCGUCAGGUCAGGAUCCCCCAAACUGGAUCCUUCUGAGGUCUACUUGAAGUCCAAAACUUUAUAUGAAGAUAAACCUCCAAACACCAAAGACCUGGAUGUCUUUCUUCGAAAGCAGGAAUCAGGGUUUGGCUUCAGGGUGCUUGGAGGAGAUGGGCCUGAUCAAUCUAUAUAUAUUGGCGCUAUCAUUCCUCUGGGGGCUGCUGAGAAGGAUGGUCGGCUGCGAGCGGCAGAUGAGCUGAUGUGCAUUGACGGGAUUCCUGUCAAGGGGAAAUCCCACAAGCAAGUCCUCGACCUCAUGACAACUGCUGCUCGGAAUGGCCAUGUGCUACUGACCGUGAGGAGAAAGAUCUUCUCUGCGGAGAAAGCAGCCGAGGAUGAGAGAGCAGCCCCUGUCACACUAUCGCAGAGUGGGUCUCCCCGCCUGGCCCGGCCGGCUCCGCACGAUGCCUACGAUGUGGUCUUGCAACGAAAAGAAAACGAGGGAUUUGGCUUUGUUAUCCUCACCUCUAAGAGCAAGCCCCCUCCCGGAGUUAUUCCUCAUAAAAUUGGCCGAGUCAUAGAAGGAAGUCCCGCGGAUCGCUGUGGCAGGUUAAAAGUCGGCGAUCAUAUCUCAGCAGUGAAUGGGCAGUCCAUCGUUGAGCUGUCCCAUGACAACAUAGUCCAGCUGAUCAAAGACGCCGGCGUCAGCGUCACACUGACGGUCAUUCCAGAGGACGCAGAGCAUCAUGGUCCGUCAUCAGGAACAAACUCAGCCCGGCAAAGCCCAGCCCUGCCACAUAGGCCUGUGGGACAGUCCCAGGUCAACCACUUACCUGGGGACAGAAGCACCCUAGAAGGGGACAGUGGAAAAGGUGAUGCCUCGGUGACAUACAGACACUCGUGGUCCGACCAUCGGCAGCUCGCACAGCCCGACACGGCGGUGAUCUCAGUGGUGGGCGGCUGGCACGGGCAGAGCCUCGGCUGUUACCCGGUGGAACUGGAGCGAGGCCCCCGGGGCUUUGGAUUCAGCCUCCGAGGCGGAAAGGAGUACAACAUGGGGCUCUUCAUCCUGCGGCUGGCUGAGGAUGGCCCGGCCAUCAAGGAUGGCAGGAUUCAUGUUGGUGACCAGAUUGUUGAAAUCAAUGGGGAACCUACACAAGGCAUCACACAUACGCGCGCAAUCGAGCUCAUUCAGGCCGGUGGAAAUAAAGUUCUUCUUCUUUUGAGGCCAGGAACUGGCUUGAUACCUGAUCAUGGUGUUUGGGAUAGUAAUCCUUCAUCUCCAAAUGUGAUUUAUGAUGAACAGUCACCAUUUUCCCCAUUUUCACAUUCUGCUUCCACAUUUGAAGAAUCUCAUGUACCAGUAACUGAGGAAUCUUUAACAAGAGUUCAGAUAUGUGAAAAAGCAGAAGAAUUAAAGGACAUUGUGCCUGAAAAGAAAAGCAUUUUAAAUGAAAAACAGCAUGAUGAAAAGCAUCAGUCUCUUCUCCAGAAAAACAUGAAUAAAAGGGACCCACCCCACAGUCAUGGACACAGUGACAAAAAACAUCUCUUGCAAGCCGAGAAUAGUCUUACACAUAGAGGUCGAUCUGCUAGUCCCCCAAAUCCAGUCAGUCACUCUUUGGAGGGUCAUUUAGAAAAGAGUCCCUGUCAGCUUCAAAAUGAGCCAAAAAGAAAACCCAGAGAGCAGUCCCUCAGUCCUAGGAAAGGGGAGAGUAAAAGUUCUGGGGUUGGCACCCACGCAGGUUCCGGCCAAGAUCACUGCAGAAAAGGCAGAGGACGUUCUUCAAGCCCCAAGAAGCAGCAAAAAAUGGAAGGAAGCAAAGACAGAGCAAAUGCUGACACCAAACUAUCAGAGCUCGAGAGGCAAAGAGUGGAGGCCUGUGCCAGUGACAGAGCCGAGCAGGGCCUGGCUGGGAAAGAAAAGGCAGGCAUUAUCGGGAAAGAGGGGAAGCAGAGCCACCCUGGGAAAAACAGGACAAGGUCUCCAGAGAAAAGACCCAAGAGAACAGAUGAGAAGUCUCUCCCACACAAAAAGAUGAGUACUGCUAGAGCAGUGCCGGAGAAUGAGAAGGGGAGGAAAGCAACCUCGGGAGAAAUGAGUUCCGGUAAAGAGAGAACGGGAGAAAAUGUCCAGGUGUCAGAAAAGAAGCUGAGGCAGGAACCUGAAGGAAAAAUGGUAUUAACCCCAACAGAAGCUCACAGAGGCAAAGAAGCAGAGGCCGUGGACAAAAACAGAGAGAACGGAGGGCUCAAACCAGAAAGCGCUCCCCUGGCUAAGAAAACACCAAUUACCCCUGGGCCCUGGAAGGUGCCGAGUGCAAAUAAAGCGGCGGGUACUGCUGGGGUGGCAGAGAAGCGGCUGUGACCUUUAGUGAAAACAGAAGAAAAGGUAAUCUCUCCUUACUGAAAAGCAGCAUUUUCCCCCAAAGUGUCUUCUGUUUAACGGGAGUUCUGAAAUAAAUGUCAAUACAUUUUGAGCUUUAAGUGACCAGGUUGCAUGAAGGGCCUCGGAUUGCUCAAGGCUGGUCUGCCGCUGGCCGCCUUCCUCGCUCGCUCGCCUCACAUGCCAGCCUCCCCUGAGGCAGCCCAGCCAUCUCAUGAGCAUCCCGACAACUGACAUCUGUGAAGAGUAACAGUGUGUUCACAGCUCACUUUGUAUUUGUGCCAAGUUAAUCUGCUGUAUCAUGUCGAGUUUACCCUUCUCAGAUAUUCCCACAGUGAUGAAAACAUAGGUUUGGCCUGAAGCUCAUAUUCUCAAUAGCAUGUUGCAUGUGUACAGAGAGACUGAGUUCGUGCAGGAGACUUCGCUCAGCAUUAGCCAUGGCAGCUGCCUCUUCUGACGAUGGCCCCGGUCAAAAGCUAAAUUUCCAAAUAUCACUACUUUAAAGGGGGGGUGGGGGAAAAAAUAGUCAAGUAUUGUUUUUCCUGUGGCUUAGUAUUUUGUCAGGAUAAAAUACUUCAAAUAACUUACAGUUGAAUGUCCAGAAUGAGGAACUGUUUUUAGAAUGAAAAGUUCACCUCUUGCUGUUACCCAGCACUGAUGUAGUUCUUGCCGCUCAGGUCUUUUAUUCCAGUAUGAAAACACAAAGAAGCAGAUAGAGAUAUUGCUUAUUGCUGUUCAAAGAAACAACUUUGAUUUCUGGAUGUUUUUUGUUUGCACUUACUACCAAACAUUUUUUUUAAUAUAUCCUGGGGGGUGGGGGUGGAGAGGGGCCACACCUAACGAUGCUCAGGGGUUGUUUCUGGCAGGCUCGAGGAUCAUAUGGGGUGCCAGGGAUCCAACUCAGUUUGGUUGUGUGCAGGGCUGUGUGCCCUGUCUACUAUAUUAUCACUCUGGCCCAUUAGUACAGACUUAAAAGAGUCAGAAUAUCAUACUUGUUGUGUGAAGGACUUAAUCACGUUUCACAGCCCAGUGCCAGGAAGAGCACCAGCUCAUCCCAGAGCAGUCGUACAAGUGGGGCUGUUUGGAAACAGCACAGCCAAGCAAGACCUGCUCAGUAGUAAUGGCAGACGAGGUGGGAGACAGGGACUGUUAGAUCUGACUUCUCUUGAGUUGCUGCCUAGUUUGUUUAAAAACUAGAAAGGAUAACUAAGCAUCUGAGUAGGUCAUUUACAUCAUGAGUUCUUUUUAAAAGUCUAAGGAAAGAUGUUUGUUGGCAGGUGGAGAUGGUAUUUUUACUCUAUGAAACAGACCCAGGUUUUUCCGUCCACUGACGUCACAUUCAGUAGCAUCUAUAAGUAAGGGGGCAUCCUCAGACUAAAACCAUCUAAUGGAGUAUUUAAACAUACUGGUUCUGUCACCCUGGGUUCCUCUUGUUAUUGUGAAACUCAUUAUGUCAGUCCUUUCAAAGUCUGAUUAUAAAUUACUCUAACAUCGGAAUCAGCCCCUGUAGUAUAAGACAUGCUUUCCAGAGUGAAAAUUAUGAAAUUCCUUUUCACCCACCUAUUUUAACUACUUGAAUAUAGCAAAAUUAGGAAGCUUGAUAAAUGCUAAGAAUUUAGUAUCACAGAAAUGACAUAUUUUCCCUGUAGUCCACAAUUAGUGAUAAAAAUCCUAUUUUUACUGGUAUUGUUAACUGUGACAUAACUCUGUCAUACGUUGUCAGUCUGAUGUGGCUUUUUCCUCUUUUCCUAAGUAACCUGUCACUGUACUGAUUAUUAUACUGACUUAGCAAUGUGGCCUUGGAAUGCUAAGCAAAGUAUGGAUGUACUGGUUGUAAAUGUUUAUAUAUUGUACAGUACCUUUAUAUAUACACUUGAGGUUCUGAUUAGAGAAAGAGAUCUGUAAAUCGCUCGCUAUUUUUUAUAUAGAUAUUAAAAAAAAAGUUCAUUGUC